GGAUUGUUCCCACAAAAAUACACGCUUUUUCCCCAAAAAAAACCCCACCUGACCUCGCACGCCGCCGCUCGGUUGCUCUCGCUCACCGGCCGUCGCCGCCGCCGCCGCCGCGGGCCUCUCCGCCCCUUUCAGCGAGCAAAAACAAGCAAGAAGAUCAAACAAAAAUCCCUCCCAUGGACGAUGACGGCGGUGGCUCGCCGGGUCACUACGGGGGCGGCGGCAUCCAUCUUGUCUGCGAGUACUGCGGCCAUGGCUCCGAGUACGCCGAGGACGACGCCGACGACGGCUUCUUCACGUGCCGGCAGUGCUCCGCCAUCCACACCUCCACCCAGAACACCGCCACCAACCCCUUCGACUUCCCCAUGACACCCGCCCACCUCUCCGCCCACCGCCGCCCCACCCAGCCCACCCCCACCCCCAAGCCCUUCCCGGCCCCUCGCGGCGCCGCCACGGGGGCCGCCGCCCCGGACUUCGACGACCUGGGCGAGCCCAGCGAGCCGCGGGACUUCGCGACCGGCGCCAACGCCUGGGGCAACCCGGAGGAUGUGGCGGCGCGGGUCCGGUGGCGCUACGUGCGGGGGCUGCAGGUGAUCCUGCAGCGGCAGCUGGAGGCGCUGGUGGAGCGUCACCGGGUGGGCUCGCUCGCGGCUAGCCUCGCGGGCACCAUCUGGCUGCGGUGGGUGGCCGCGUCCAAGGUGUUCGACGAAAUGUGGGUGCAUAAGAUGCUCGCUAUUGCUGCGUCAGUGGAGGAGGGUCAUUCUGCCUCUAAAGACAAGCAGUCUGAAUUGGAGGGCGAUGCCCAAAAGAGUCAGAGCAGCUAUGAGUUCUUGUUUCUGCGCUCAUUGAGGAUGAUGCUGCCUGUGUACUCAACACUGGCUGUCUGUUUCCUUGCCUGUCAUGUCGCGCGGGAAACCAUCCUACCAACUGACAUUUGCAGGUGGGCAAUGGAGGGGAAGCUUCCUUAUGUGGCAGCGUUUACCCAAGUCGACAAGCUUCUUGGAAGUUCUUUAAACGACUGCCCGUUGAGUUCACGGCAGCUAUUUAGGCCAACUCGAGUGAUUGGAGCAUGGCAGCUGGAAGCUGCAGCUGGGUCCAUAGCGCAAAAGAUAGGACUGUUGCUUCCUUCUGUUAAUUUCUACUUGAUUGCUCAGCGCUUCUUGAAGGAGUUAUCUCUUCCAAUUGAAAAAAUCCUUCCUCAUGCAUGUCGCAUCUAUGAGUGGGCAAUGCCUGCAGAACUUUGGUUGUCCAGUAAUCCUGGCAGGGUACCCUCACGGGUUUGUGUAAUGGCUAUACUAAUAGUGGCUCUAAGAGUUCUGUAUGGCAUCAACGGACAAGGGAUAUGGGAGAGUAUUGCUCAGACAGAAAAUGCAGUUGGAUCUGAUCCUGAAGCAAGUGCACCACAUUCUAUAGAGCCUGACAGCAACAACAGUGAGGAGUUUGAUGCAAGAGAACUGUUGUGCACUCUUGCAGCUUCUUAUGAUAAAAUCAAUGUUGGACAUGACUAUUCGAAGGAAGUUCAUUCUUAUCUAAAGUACUGCAAAGAUGUGGUUUUUACUGGAAUGACAUUUUCACUAGAAGAGGAGCAUUUAAUAGAUAUCUUUUGGGAUAUGUACAAAGGGAAAGAGGAUGAGAAUGCAAAAUUGUGUCAGGAAAAGUUGAGAACUACAAAUGGAGUGAAUAAACGCUGCCGAGAUGGAAGGUUUGCUGACACAAAGUGCUGUUCUACGCCACUAGGGAAUUGUGCAUUACAAAGCAUUAAGUCAAAAAUGGAAGAAAAUGGAUUCUGUUAUGUAUCUCCAAGGAAACGGCUGGUUUCAGAUGGUUAUCUUCUAUAUACUAGGAGGGAAUCAUCUGGUAGUCUAAUUUAUGUUGCACAUGCUGAUUAUUACAUAUUGCUACGUCCUUUUGCAAAGCUUGCAGAAGUUGAUGUUAGAGUUUUGCACAGUAGUGUGUUAAAACUUGAGAGGAGACUAGGCUGGAUAGAAGAAAGAGUAGGAAGGAGCUUGAAUACCUUACAGAACCUCCAUGAUGAAGCAAGUGAUGACGAAAGACCUGUAUCAGAUUGAAGCUUUGAUCAACUGUUAUAUUGUGCCAAUGUUGUAAGAAGUAUCACUUUUUUGUUUCCUCGAGUAACUUGGUCAAGUAGAAGGCUGGCACUACUGUUACUUCCAUUAGGAUUUGUCAUGCUCUUUUGUACGCUAGGGUAGCCUUUAGGCCUGUACACAAUGACGCUGUCUUGUGCUCGGUGGGCAGCUGCACAGAGCCACAGAUUGUUCUUGUUAGGAUUCGAGAGAAUCCAUCCAUAACAACAUUGUAUCGGGAACAAUUUGCACAAGUGGCCUCGUAAUCAGUGCUAACUCAUAUGUAUCUAUUUGAAUGAACCCUGCCCAAAA